AACUAUCAUCUACUAACCCAAACGCUUAAACAUAGUGUACAGAAAACGCUCAUUUAAAGACCAUAAAUAUGAAUGCAAAAUCAGUUGGGAAAAGAAAUCUAAAUUUGGGGUUAAAAAGAAAAAAGGAUUUGGGUAAAAGUUUCCCUUGGAUUAAGCGAAAUGGUGAGAACCUUAAAAUCUCUGCGCUACAGCUGUUGCAAUUUUCAGCUGUUGCUUCACGGAAAUUUCUUAAUUUCGUGACGAUUCUUGGACCAGCUAGACAGGGAAAGUCUUUUCUAAUGAAUUGCAUAAUUGGCUGCAGCGUUUUUGAUGCAGCUGAUGCAAUAGAUGUGUGCACAAAGGGUGUUCAAGUUGCAGGCAUUAUGAAGGAAGUUGAAAAUGGAGGUGGAGCUUUUUUUGUGGACACAGAAGGACAAGGAGACGAAGACAUAGACAGUGAUACGACACUUUUGACUCCGAUUAUCUUGCUCUCUAAAGUUAUACUAUUCAACUGGAAAGGUGGCUUGCAGAAGAAUCAAAUCUUAAACGAACUUGCAAUUCUAGUGGAAGUUGGAAAUAGCGUGUCGUCAAUGAAUUUUAAAGAGGACACUGUGAAAUUUGGACAUUUGCAUAUCGUUUUACGUGAUUUUCAUUAUGACGGCACAAAGGAUGAAGCAUUCGCUAUAAUUUUUGAUGAAGAAAACAAACGUGGCGAAAAAGUAAAAGAACGAAACCAACUGCGUAAGAAAUUGCUCUCUUCCUUUGAAAGCAUCAACGUCUGUUUUUUCCCAGCGCCAAGCGAGGACCUACGCGAGCUUCACAUCGAUUCCACAUCACCAGAAUUCAAAGAAGCUCUGAAUGAACUCAAUGGUGUGAUAAUGGAUGAAGUAAGUGAACCACGACGCUUUGGCACUGUUGUUGUCAAUGCAGAAAACGCAGAAUUUCUGCUUAAAAAAUUUGUUAAAGAAAUGAAGGACGGAGAUAUUGUUCAUGUAAAAUCCGUGAUUACUCAACUUCAACGGGGAGUAGUUGACGAGGCAAAACGGGAUUUCGAGGAAAGUCUUAUCAAAGCCUUUAAAGAUAUCCACGUUCCAGUAAAAAGUGGAAUCGAGAAAACACUAUCUCAAAAAAGGGACUCACUUCUUGACGAAUUCAGAAAAAAUACUGAUAAAGUUGACCUCGAGCAAAUGUAUAAAGAUGACGUACUUGAGGAUUUAGAAAAUUUUGCUGAUCGCGAGAUCGAUUUAAAGAGAAAAGAAAACCAGCUUGCUAUUCAAUCCAGAGAAGCCAAAGAAAGAGAAAUUCUUAUAAAAGCAGGAGAUGAUUUCAGAUCAGCAAUGGAAAAUGAGUUAAGAAAAGGAUACAAAACGAGCCAAGAGAUGUCACAGUAUUUUAAGACUAUGACCGAUACAUUGAUCAGCGAUUAUACAAAAAUAACAAGCAAACUAGAUUGGAUACCAGAGAUUGUCAACAAGGAUCUGCAAAAGCUGAAAGAAAUGGUUUCUAUUAGAAUUGAUGAAAAAAUCAAAGCAAAACAACAAGAAGAAUUUGCAGAAAUGAAAGUGCUAUCUGCAGAAAUGCAUAAAUUGGAAGUGGAGAGACAAGCUAUACAUGCUAUUAGAAGCUACAUGGAUACACAAGCACUUCCUCCAGAAACAUAUCCCAUGAGCCCUAGUACACCAUCAUUUAAUGUUGAGACACCACUACCUCAGCAUACAUCUCCUUUCACCACGAGCCCUAGAACAUCAUCAUUUAAUGUUGAGACACCACUACCUCAGCAUACAUCUCUUUUCACCACGCGCCCUAGAACACCACCAUUUAAUGUUGAGACACCACUACCUCAGCAUACAUCUCCUUUCACCACGAGCCCUAGUACACCACCAUCUAAUGUUGGCUUAAAGUUCUAUAAAGGAGGUCAGUUUACCCCUGGCGGAGGUCGGGCUCCUCCAGGAGGCUGCUAUAUGACUCCCAGUCCAAGCACCAGUUCUAGAUCGUCAAACUCAAGUGGAGAGAAGUUCUAUAAAGGAGGUCAGUUUACCCCUGGCGGAGGUCGGCUCCUGCAGGAGGCUGCUAUAUGACUCCCAGUCCAAGCACCAGUUCUAUAUCGUCAAACUCAAGUGGAGAGACGUUCUAUAAAGGAGGUCAGUUUACCCCUGGCGGAGGUCGGGCUCCUAAAGCGGCUGUUGGAAAUAACUCACGAUUGCUCUGCAAGGAAUUCCUGUUCAUCGAGACCGUUCAUUUUUGUUCUCUUUCUUUCACAAAUUGUUUUCUGUUUCCCUAAGUUCGUAAUCGAUUAAUUAAUCUUUGUUGGUUUUAUUGACAUUUAAUAAACAUUGUUAACAAUUCUUAAUGUAUACAUAGGUAAAGAAAUAAAAAGAACUGUAAUACUUAUAUAUGGCUAGCAUCACAUAAAGAAAGAAACAAAUUGA